GUGAGAAGAGAGCUGGCUGCAUUGGAAGAGACUUGGGCUGUCCGUCUUGAGGAUGUUCGGAGCUCGCAGGAUAGCUUGAAGAUGGCAAUCCUGAAGGACUUCGAUCAGGCCAAACCUUGGCACUCGGAGAUCUCGCUGCUGCACCAAGAGCUGUCCCAACAGAUCCAGGAGUCUAACGCAGAGCAUUCGAAGAACAUCGUGGCCUGCCAGGGGCGCUUGAGCUCCGCACGCCUGGACACGCAUGACAAGAUGCAAGCGAUCGAAGAGAGGUUGGCACAUGCGGAAAAGCGCGCCACCGAGGCCAAGGACGCCUGGUGGCAGGGCGAGCCCGCAUUGAGACAAGUGCAAACGGCUCUGAAAGAAGUGGCGGAGCUCCGUGACUUCACCAUGGACCA